AUGUCCCGAUCGGAGAACGAAGUCGCGGCCGAUGAUGCAUCAAAGUUCAAUGUCGAGUUCAGGAGCCAUGACGAUGAAGCGUGGUACUCCGUGAGGGUUGUGCUGGAGCAAGAAGAAGUUCUGAGACUGAAGUUCCUGAAUUUCGGCGACAGUCACGAUAAGUUGUUUGAAGCUCAAUGCUUCAAUAGCUUGAAGGAGGUGGAAGAGUUCGAGAAGCGGUUCAGACCGGUUUCGUUGCAGCUCCAAGACGAUGAGUGCCGCAGCAUCAUACCAGGAACGACCGUCUGUGCUUGCUAUCAGUAUAACUCUGAAGAUGUUCGCUUCUACGACGCUACCGUUGUUGCGGUGCAAGAGAAGGAACAUUCUUUCAACGGAGGAGAGGAAGAGUGCUUAUGCACCUAUACACUUCUCUGGUUACAUGGACCUGUAGCUGGAAUUUACAGUAAUGCCACUGUAGCAGAUGUUUGCAAAAUUCAGCCAACUUCAGGGCUGGAUCCCGUAGUGGCUUCAUUUCUGAAGAUUGCAAGGGAAAGAACUAAAGUUACUGCUAAUUCUAUUUCAUUUUCCAAGGGAGCUAGUGGAUUGGAAGUGGUACAGCCCUGCAAUGGAAGCCAAAAUAUUAAACAGAAAAGUAGUUUUCUUGAGCGCCUAUACAUGGAUGCUCGCUGUACCAGGCGGUCAAUCAGUAAAAAUCCAUCUUCAUGUGAAAAUAGGAUUGCCAAGCUUCUUAGCAAAAGACUGGAAGAUAGAGAUCUUGGUGGGAAGAAAAACUUAUUUAUGAUAUUAGUUGGGAAUCUGGAUAAAACUUUAUCUCCACCAACAAUUGAAGAAUUCUUAUACAGACACAUCUCUGUAUCACCCAGAGUGUACAUUUUUCCGAGUUUAUCGUCGGAGUUGUUUACUAGAGGGGCCUUUGUCUUUGAUAGUAAAGGAGAUUUUGAAAAGCUUCACAACUUUUUGAACGACCCCACUCAGAUAGUGAUGUCUUCAACAGGAAGGCCAUGGGUGAUGACUGAAGAGGUGGUGGGGCUUAAAAACAUCAAAGCAUCAAUAGGAACAUUAAUGCCUGCAUCUAAGAGCAAGACAUUGCAAGAAGAAUGUGAUGGAAAGAGAACUGAUUUAAAGGUUGUUCGUGUUGGAACUCAAGAGUUCAAGAUGGCCAGUGACCUUAGGGAUAUUUUCAUGGAAUUUUCUGCUCACCAAAGGCAACUCCACCAGCGGCUCGCAUUUGAGGAGAGAAUGCUUCCUGCAAUCUUCAGGUCUCUCCACCAAGACGUUACUUUGAAAUCAAUUCACUGUCAAGUCCAUUGGCUGAUUCUGGAUCUUUCGUCAACGGGGCAGCAUUUGUUUUAUGAUUUUUUAAAAUAUUUUAUUAAAAAAAUUUAACAAUUUAU